AUGUCUCUUUCUGCAGCUUUGCUCUGCCUGCUGGCCAGCCAAGCAGUGGCGGCCCCUGCUGGCGGCCAAGACGCCGCGCCCGUCGUCCAAGACGGCAUCUUCCAGCUGCCCGUCUUUACCGUCUCGGCCGAGGAAGAGCUUGCCGCCAGCGCCGGCACCACAAAGCGCCAGGUGUCUGCCGGUCUGGACAAUGUCAAGUUUGGCGCUCGGCCGGCUGUGGCCCUGGGCACGACCAUCAUGGUCGGCACGCCGCCGCAAAAGGUCAUUCUCGAGCCCGACACCGGAUCGUCGCAGCUGUGGGUGCCCGGCUCGCAUGCUGCGCAGCCGCGUGUGGGCGACGAGUCCGUCUACUUUGACAGAGACGCGAGCACCUCGCUGAAAGACUUGAAGAAGCCAUCAGCGGCAUCCUAUGGAGAUAAGGAAUGGGUCCUUAUGAACAUGGUCAAUGACAAUGUCGCCAUCGGCGGCAAGUCAAUGGACAAGCUGAACUUUGGCAUUGGCAACAUGACGAGCCCUCACACUACGCUGGGUCGCCUUGUCGGCGUCAUGGGUCUGCUGCCCCCGAGCAAGGCGAAUAAGGAUGUUGACUUUGUCCCCCAGAAGCUGCUCGACAAGAAGCUUGUCAAGACUCGCGCCUUCAGCAUGGGGUUGCGCAAAAAGGGCCAGGGCCUGCUCACUUUUGGCGGCUACGACACGAGCAAGUUCUCCGGGUCCCUCGAGAAGCUGCCCCUCCAGCUGACCAAGUCAAGACAUUCUAACCGUGGUGGUAGCUAUGUCGUCUCGGUCAAGUCUCUUUCGUUUACCGCCAGCAAGGGCGGCAGCAGCGAGACCGUGCUCGACGACCAGAGCAUCAAGAAGCCCUUGACGAUUGGCAUCGACUCUGGCUCGCCCGCGCUGGCCCUCAAGAGCACCCUCCUCACAAUCAUCCAGGACAAGCUCCAGGGCAAGCUCACGGGGGGUCUGCUGCAGGUGGGCUGCGACGUCGUCGACGCCAACGCGCAGCUCGACUUUAACAUGUCGGACAGCACAACGAUCUCGGUGCCACUGAGCGACAUGGUGAUCAAGAAGAUUGACAAUGACAAAAACUGCCUGCUGGCUAUUCAGGCCAAUGACCAAGUGCCUGCCGAGUUGUGGAUUGGUGGUCACUUUUUGCGCCGAUCGCUCGUCGUCUACGACCCGGAUGAUAGCUGCAUCUAUGUCGCCCGCGGCGCCGACUGCGGCACGAGCCUGGUCGCGAUUGAUGGCAAGAUGCCGGCCGCGGCGGUCAAGGGCAAGUGCAGCGAAGAGGCAGUCGUCGCUGAGAAGCCCGAUGCUGGUGCAGCGGCGAGCAUUGCGGCUCUGACUCCGGAUCAGCUCUCCGCCCUCCUGGACCCGCGCAUUGACGUUGAGGAGUAG